AUGUCGACUGAGAAAUCGCACGACAUGAUCGAGCCUGCUCCGAGCAAUGACCAGGUUUCCAUCGAAAAGAUAGACCUUGAAAACGAUGGAGAGAUCUUCAAGCGUGGGGAAGGAUACGAGGACUUCCGCACAGUUGGAUGGAUACAGACCACAAUCAUAUUCACGAAGCUGAUCUUCGCAACCGGUGUCCUGACGAUUCCAUCCGCCAUGUACACGCUGGGUGCCUUCCCUGGCGCCAUCAAUGUUCUUGGCUGGCAGUUCCUCAACACCUAUUGUGCUCAGGUACAAGGUCAAUUCCGUCACAACCACGCUGGUUGCCACAGUAUCGCGGAUAUGGGCAAUCUCGUUGGCGGGAAGAUAGUGAGAGAGCUUACGGGUAUCCUUUUUCUCGUUGCCUUCAUUCUCGUUGGAGCUUCGGGAAUCGUAGGCACAUCGACCGCGCUUAACGCCCUCUCCAACCACUCGCUCUGCACAAAUUACUUCUCGAUCAUCGCAACUAUCAUGGUAUUUGUCGCUGGAAGUCCGAGAAAAUUUGAGAAGAUUGCCUGGGUAACCUGGGCUGGGUUCCUUUCGGUCUUCAUUGCCAUCUUCAUUGUCGUCGUUGGUGUCACUACACUCGACCGUCCAGCAGCAGCCCCACAAACCGGCGACUUCGACUUUGGCUACCAUGUCAUUGGCCACCCUACAUUCGCUGCCGGUAUGGUAGCCGCGUCCACAAUAUUCUGCUCCGGUGCUGGAACAGGUGCAUUUUUGCCUGUUAUGAGCGAGAUGAAGAACCCAAAGGACUACAAGAAGGCCGUAAACUGGUGCAUGGGUUUCGUAACCGCUGCUUACCUCACCUUCAGUAUUGUCGUUUACUGGUAUUGCGGCAAAUGGGUAGCUUCCCCAUCGCUCGGUAGCGCUGGUCCUCUGAUCAAGAAAAUCGCAUACGGUAUCGGAAUUCUGGGCCUCAUGGUGUCCGGCGCGUUGUUCAACCACGUCAGUGCAAAGUACAUCUUCGUCCGAGUUCUCCGAGACUCGAAACAUCUCCAAGCCAACUCCUUGGUCCAUUGGGGCGUCUGGCUUGGAACUCUUGCCGCCGUCAACCUUGUCGCUUUCCUGAUCGCCUCUGGUGUACCCAUCUUCAACUAUCUCCUCAGUCUUGCCGGUAGCCUUGCCUUCGCCCCACUUGCGCUUGGUCUUCCAGGUUGGCUUUGGAUAUAUGAUCACAAGGAUUACCGGAAAGGCACAUUGAUACAGAAAAUCCUGUACGGACUGCACGUGCUGAUGAUUAUGAUCUCCCUCUUCCUGUGCAUCGGCGGAACGUAUGGUGUCAUCGUUCAGAUCAUGGAUGCUUACAAGGAUGGAAGUAUUGACUCUGCCUUCUCCUGUGCGGACAACAGUAACUCGUCCUAA